AUGUUCGCCCCUGGCGCAAACCAAUUGGCUGCAGAGUUUGGCAUCACCAAUUCAACAAUUGCUGCCAUGACAGUCAGCAUCUAUAUCUUGGGAUUUGCAGUUGGACCUCUGUUCAUUGCACCAUUUUCAGAAUUAUACGGACGACUUAUCAUCUACCACCUCUGCACUGUUUUCUACUUCGCAUUUACUCUGGGUUGCGCUUUCAGUACUAAUACGGCCAUGUUCCUUGUCUUCCGCUUCAUUUGUGGCUGUGCGGCUUCUGGACCGAUGACUGUUGGUGGGGGUACGGUAGCCGACACAACUUCAGAGGAGAAGCGAGGAGCCGCCAUGGCUCUUUUCUCCGUUGGGCCACUUCUAGGACCGACGAUAGGGCCUGUUAUCGGAGGCUUUGUCACCGAGAACACUGGAUGGCGCUGGACUUUUCGCAUUAUCAUGAUCAUGUCCGGUACACUCGCCAUCCCUUCUUUCUAUUUCCUUCGCGAGACCAAUGGUGCAAUUAUAUUGGAGCGGAAAGCCCAGCGUCUGCGCAAGGAGACGGGAAAUCCACAUCUGGUCUCCAAGCAAGGCUCAACUCCGAGGUCUCGCCAGACGUUCAGUCACUCGAUAGUGCGUCCAACCAAGAUGCUGAUUUUCUCACCCAUCGUGCUUCUCCUCUCGCUAUACGCAGGCUUGAUCUUCGGCCUGAUCUUCCUCCUCUUCACUACUUUUCCAAACGUUUGA